AUAGUGCGUUCAGUGUUGUUUUUGUGACAGCUGGAGUAGGUUGUUGGUCGGUUUUCGUUUGCGGUGGCGGUGUUUUUUGCAAGUGGAUUUUUGUAAAUCUGAAAAGAAGAAAAAUUUUGUAGCGCGCAGACUGCGAUAAGUGCACGACUCAUUUGAGUGAAUGCUUUUUAAAUUACAAAAUACAUAUGUGUAGUAAUAAUAAAUGUAACGCAUUUAGCCUAGACUAAACAGCAGUGGAAAUCACAAGUCGGCUGCAAACAAAUGUGCGCGCAUAUGUGAAAAAAUUGCGAAGAAAAGAAAGACCAAUUAAACGAAAUAUUCUGAGAUUUACUUUAGGCUCUUGAAGAGUCAGUGGUUGGCGUAGUGUACUAUGAAUAGUGAAUAGCUACCGUCGUCGAGCGCAUUGUGCGCAGCAAAAGCAAAAUUUGUUUGCUAGUUAAUCAACAUGGCCAAAGGCAAAGUGGCCGAGUGUGCUACUUUUCACUGAAAUAUUUAUGUAGAGAGAAAUCUCAAACCGAUACGCUAUCGCCACUUUUGAGUGGGCUCACGAGCAGAAGAAUUCAUAAAAAAGGUAAUUUCAUAGAAAGCUUUCAUAAAUUAAUAAUUUAUUUAUAAAAAUACGAAAUCUGGAAGUUAAUGCCCCAGCGCCUAAUCCCUGGGGAAUGGCCAAACGAAUAAGAAGACGCAAAACCCAAGCAUAAGCAAAAACAACGUCCUGUAUACAGAUUUGAUUUGCUAAGGUGGGAAUGGUGGUGGUGAAAUCUACGUACGCGAGCUCGAGUAUAGUGAAAAUAAAAGAAAACAAGAAGUGCGCCAGCAAUCAACGUGCGGCGAAAAGGCAAAAAUAAAAUAAAAAAGUAGUUGAAGGUUAUUUAAAAUUUUCUGCUUUUAUUGCUUUAUUCGUCCCUUCCCCUUGUUGGUUUCGCGCUGGCGAACAAAUCAAACAAAGAAACAAGUAUUCAGAACAGUGGAAGCAGAGAAGUGCAGAACCAGAACGACUGAACGGUGUUUGCGUCGUCAUGCGUCCACUCGCGUGUGUUUGUGUGUGUACUUGUGCUCAUUGCAUUGUUGUUGCUUGUUCUUGAUCAUUUCAUUGUGCCCACUCAAUGCAAUGUAAACAAAAAAUCAAGUGUCAUCCGCCAAGCGCCGAGUUUCAUAAGACAACAACAAAAACACAAAAGCAAUAGAGCAACAGAAUCAGUGCGAUUCAGUUAGUUGGCAUGCGUGCGAGCGAGAUCGCUCUAGUUUGGCAUAUGGUAAAAAAGUGGAAAGUCAUGAUGUGCAUGUGUGUGUAACAUUGAGUGAGUGGUUAACAUUUUACGCUGCUUCCAAUAAGAAAAUGCGGACUGUGCACACAUUACGGACGCAUGACUGUUAAAUAUCCGGGUUAUUUGUUGAAAAUUUUGUAAAAAACAAAUUACGAAUUAAUGUGCAAUAAUAUUUGUUUUCGUCAAAUACAGUGUAUUAAUUACUGUAGCGAAGUUGUGGAACAUUUACAUACAUUUUAAAUUGUAAUCGCUUUGUUACGCUGCAUUGUAAGCAGAACAGAGCAAAAGCAAUAAAAAGUGUAGAAACAGCAACGUACAAGUGUACAAGUGCAAGUGAGAUAAGCGCUAAAAAGUGUCCAACGUCAGUAGCCGAAGUAGUGAGAGAGACAGUGAGAGAACGAGAACAGUAGUGCUGUAAAGUAGACGUGCGAGUGCUGGUAGGAGCAGCAGUAGCAGCAGCAGCAAAAACAGCGGCCAAUGUAGAAAAAUAUGUAAAGCGAAAUAUUGCAAGUGUCAAUAAACUCUACAAAGGUUACAAAUAUAUUCAACAUGGGACUACACCAGCGACAUCUGUCCAAUUUUUAUAAACUGCACCAGCGCUCCAUAAAAACUAAGAGGAUUUUAUAAAUACGCACAUUUGCACAAUUUUGUGAAGAAGGCGCACAAGCUAUAUAUCUUUUUAUACUAAAAAGGAAACCGUUACUAAACAUACGAAAUAAUGUCCUCCACAAAAGCUGAGAGCGCCGCUGGCUCCAAUCCAUCAGCGACUGCCUUUGGCUCAACCCUAGCUGGCAGUGCAUUCCAAUUGCCCGUGAAUAUGCACGGCCAUGCCCAAAUCACUUCGAAUGGCAGCCACUGCCACAGUACUAAUGGCACAACAACAACAACCACCACAACAACAACACGCAACAAUGUAUCCGUCACGAAUAUUAAAUGCGAAAUGGAUGAGAGUAUUGCGUCAUCGCUAACGCCCAAUGGCAAUAUAGUGCCGGUCAUAGCUGCAACAGGCGCUGCCAGCUACUAUAACGGUGCAAGUAGUGGAAUUGGUGGUGUUGGUAUACGGAUACCUGCCACGAAGGCGGAAGAUUCCGACUCUGAGACUGAGUUGACGAACAUUGAGAAUUUAAAAGUGACGCGACGCGCGCAUAGCAGCAAUGCGGACGUCAGCACGCCUGGUGCGGCUGGUGGCGGCAGUAAUACAAACGCUAAUCAUAACAAGAAUGGACCGCGUCCCAUGUCCUGGGAAGGGGAACUCUCCGAAACGGAGACGACUGAAACGGAGCUUAUGGAAACGGAGAAUUCGUUAAGUAAUAGCGGCAUAGCGCCGAGCAUGUUGAGCACAAACAAUGGCAGUAUUGGUAGUAUAGGCGUGGCGGUGAUUAAAAGCGAGGCAACCACCACAACCCCCGCACAGACUUUGCCGCCAACGCCGACACAUCCCAUCAAGCCUGAACAAAUGGAACAAAUUUCCGUUGAGGUGCAAGCUGGUGCAGCGGCGCUUGCACCGACGCGCACCGGCUUGGGUAGCAGCAGCAGUGCCGGAAGUCUUUAUUCCACACCGCACACAAAGCUCGCACCCACGCAAAGUGAUCCCAUUAAUCUGAAGUAUGAUCCCGAUGCCAACGCUACGGGGCUUAUCACAGCUGGCGGAAAUGUAAACUCGCCACUUUUGGCGCGUAACAAAUCAGCCACCCUGCCACUUCCUGCCAAUCCCAGCCCAGACUCUGCCAUACAUUCCGUCUAUACGCACAGCUCACCAUCCCAGUCGCCAUUGACGUCGCGCCACGCACCCUACACGCCAUCGCUGAGUCGAAACAAUAGCGACGCAUCGCACAGCUCAUGCUACUCCUACAGUUCAGAGUUCAGUCCAACACAUUCACCCAUACAGGGCAGACAUGCGCCACCGGUGCCAGCACUCUACGGCAGCUUCAAUGGCUCGCUGCACCACUCAGUGCUCUACCGACCCAUUACGGUGGAUAGUGGCGGUGGCGGUGGCGGCGGCGCUGGUAACGGCAAUGCCGUUCUUGCCAGCAACGCGGAGGCACAGAACCUAAGCAUGGACACGAAGGUCUCGCCGCUCAACAUGGGUCUGGAGGGUUUGCCUGCCUCACCCGCUGGUAUUUCGCGUCAACAGCUCAUAAACUCGCCUUGUCCCAUUUGCGGCGACAAAAUCUCCGGCUUCCACUACGGCAUCUUCUCGUGUGAAUCGUGUAAGGGCUUCUUCAAGCGCACCGUCCAGAAUCGCAAGAACUAUGUAUGCGUACGCGGCGGCCCAUGUCCGGUAAGCAUUUCGACGCGCAAGAAAUGUCCCGCUUGUCGUUUCGAAAAAUGUCUGCAGAAGGGCAUGAAACUUGAGGCGAUACGUGAAGAUCGCACGCGUGGUGGACGCUCCACGUACCAAUGCUCGUACACAUUGCCCAAUUCGAUGUUGAGUCCGCUAUUGAGUCCGGAACAGCAGGGUGUUGCGGCAGCGGUGGCAGCAGCAGCUGCGGCAGCAGCCAGCCAACAGCAGCAGCACCAGCAACAGGGACGACUUGGCGGUGGCGCGCAAAUGACGCAUUCAAUGUCUGCACAGCAGCAGCAGCAUCAUCACACGCUGAACGGACUGGCUGCGGGUUUGGGUGGUGGGGGGCACGCCACAAUCAAGUCGGAGCAGUGUGAUGAAGGAGCUACCGCGCCGGCGCGUGCAACAAACAUUCCUAUGCUGCUGCAGGAAAUCAUGGAUGUUGAACAUCUGUGGCAGUAUAAUGAAGCCGAAUUGGCGCGUCUCAAUCAACCGAUCUCUACAUCGUCUUCCUCCUCUUCCAAUGCCUCUACCGCCUCGACGUCCACUGCGACUGGUGGUGGUGGUGGCGUUGCUGCUGCUGCUAUCAAUACACAAAUGACAAACCCUCUGCUGGCCAGUGCUGGUUUCGGUAACGGUGAAAAUGCCAAUCCCGAUCUUAUCGCACACCUGUGCAAUGUGGCCGAUCAUCGACUGUACAAGAUCGUCAAAUGGUGCAAAAGUUUGCCGCUCUUCAAGCAUAUUUCGAUCGAUGAUCAAAUUUGCUUGCUGAUCAAUUCAUGGUGUGAAUUGUUGCUCUUCUCGUGCUGUUAUCGUUCGAUCGAUACGCCGGGAGAGAUUAAGAUGUCACAAGGCAAGAAGAUUGACUUAGCGCAGGCAAAAUCAAGUGGCUUACAGGCCUGCAUUGAACGAAUGCUGAACCUGACAGAAAACUUGAGACGCCUACGCGUCGAUCGCUAUGAAUAUGUUGCCAUGAAAGUGAUUGUGCUGCUGCAGUCGGACACCAGCGAAUUGCAGGAGCCCGUCAAGGUGCGUGAAUGUCAAGAGAAGGCGUUGCAAGCCUUGCAGGCCUACACGCUUGCGCACUAUCCAGAUACGCCGUCCAAAUUUGGUGAACUACUGCUGCGCAUACCAGAUCUGCAAAAGACAUGCCAGCUCGGCAAGGAGAUGCUCACCAUAAAAUCACGUGAUGGCGGUGAUUUCAAUUUACUUAUGGAACUGCUACGUGGAGAACAUUGACAAAUGCUCUUGAAAAGUGUGCGUAGAAAGAAGCAACUGCAAAAACAACAAGAGCAAGUAGACGCAGCAACAAGGGCAACGCAAGAUUGCCGCCAACUGCUCCAAUGGCGAAGUGCAAUGGAAUUAGCCGCAAGAAAGGCAAUUGAUUGUGCUUGAAGAGGAGAAAAGGAAGCCCAGAAAGAGGGAGAGGGAGCAGCAGGUAUAUGAAAUGUGCCGCAAUGCUUCCAGAUAGUAAACAAAAAAUAGACAAACAGAGAUGCUCGACGUGGAGCGGCUGAAACGAAGACAGCUUAAAUUUAUAUGAAGAAAAUAUAUAAAAUCUAUAUAUUAGUAAAUGUUAGUCAAUUAAGUAAAUAAGCAAACGCUGUCACAAUACGGCAGUAAAAAAUAUUCAAAUAUUUUAUAUUUUUACUUUUAUAAGUAAAAUUAUAAAUGGUAGAUUUGUAUGCUGAGAUGCGCAGCUUGCGCAAAAAAGAGUAUCUAAAAUUUUAGUAUUUUUUACUAUGCCUAUAAAUAUGUUUUAAGUAAGUAAAUUAAACUGCAGUAUAAGUAAAUAUAUUUACUUUAUAAAUGUAGUAAGCAAAAAAAACUUAAAUAUUAAAAACAUGUGCCUAAAUGAGUAAACGAUAAAGAAACUGAUAGUAAAAUGCAACCUACAUAUUAAAUGUGGAAUAUACAUAUGUACUUUUUUUUAUAUCUAUUUUUUUGUAACUGUAGUGAAAAGUGUAAAAUUAUAAACAAAAAACAUGAAAAAUUGCAUUAAAGUGGCGAAGUUUCCCUUACAUGACGCACUAAAUGCGAGCUUUAGUUAUCAGACAGUGUUGGGCUCGAGUUCGCAUUAACUAGUAAGAAAAUUUGGACCUAACACUGCUAAAAGAAUAAAAUUGUAAUUAUUCAGUAUCUAAAUUCUAGCUAAACUCUCAUAGCUGUAAUUCAUUUCGUUUGCAUGAGGCAACUUUUAAAAUGUUUGUUUUCUAUUUUUCACCAGACAUUGUGAGCCAAGCUUAAUGCAAGGGAAUGCAUACAAAAAAAACAUGAAAAUCCAAGGACUACAUACUUGCCAAAUUUAUGAAAACUUAUUAUAGCUAGCUGCAUAAAAAAAAAAUAUAUUUUUAUUAAAAUAGCUCUGAAAGUAAAAACUCUUAAAUUAAAUUGUUCGCUUAUACUGGCAUACCACGGGGCAUGAAAUGACAAAAAUGUUGUUGAGAAUUUUCGGUCUUAACUACUUAGAUGGAGGAGUUAUAUUACAAAAACUCAUAUCUGAACUAUCAGUGAUGUGGGAGAUAUGUAUACCUAAUAGAGCACCAAUCUUGACGACCGUGCAUGAUGAUUAAUUAUUAAGUAGCUCAUAAAUCUGCUCGAUUUUAGCAAUCAAAAUAAAGGAGCUUUUAAGUAAAAUCUUAUAUCUGAACAAUCAGUAGUAUGGGAGCUAUAGCUUAUAGUAACCAGAUCUUUGCCAUUUUCACUGAACACUUUUUGUUGAUAAUAUGUAAAAAUAAGGCUAAAUUUCAUGUUCCUAGCUGCAUAAAUUGCGGAGUUAUGGGCGUGUUCUGAAAUGCAUCAAGCCAAAUAUCAUCAGACGCUUUUACUUUUAAACUGUAAUUGAUGGAAAUGCCUUACUUAC